AUGCCUCGGACUGUUUACUUAGCCGUCCUUGGAAAUGUUGCCAGGCCUGCCCACUUUGCUAUUUUUAUCCCCACUGGUAACGCGGGCCUAAUCGGGAAACUUAUCCAUGUGACUGGUAAUCCUGCCCAGGGGUUCUUCCUUCAAUUCAAGCGCAACUACAACUUUGAAGAAACGAAACGCAAACACCAGAUCAUCCCACUUGCUCAAGUCGAUGACCGGUACAUUAAAGAUACACCUGGCGAUGAGUCCUUAGACACAACAGCCCGUGAUUGGCUAGAGUCAGUCGCUACGGUUGUGCCGCCUCCUGGCCCCAGUCCCAAUCCUUUUGACCCAUCGGCUCGUAAUUGCCAAGACUGGAUGCAAGACUACGUCGAAAAACUGAUUGAGGAAGGCUUUCUUCCAAGUAGCGCUGCCUUGGUCGUACAAAAUGCCCCAAAGAUGCUGCAGUGA